CUCUCCCCAUUCACUUGUCCUUGCUCAAGCCUCCCAAAAUAUCUGUUCUUGCUCGCCUCACCUACAUCUCCUGCUGCUUGCCCCCACAAGGAUGCCCACUGCAAGAAUAGCAGCGAUGCCACACCCACGCUAGCAUGUGUGGAGAAACUAGAUGCAGCUAAAGGGCGACAGGGUUCUGUAAUAGAACCGACUGUUUGAGUUCAAUAUUUUUGCAGCCAUGUAUCCUUCAAAGAUCUUGAUCCUCCUCUUGACCUUCCUUAUAACCUUUUCUUCUAGACUUGCCAUAAAAAAAUCCUUUGCUUUCGAUGUUGAGCCUGGCACCAUAUGGCGAAACAAUCCGUCCCUCAUCCACAACAAUUCUUCAGAUGAUAACUUCUCCUUGCGCGUUAUACUCCCCAUGAUUUUUAUUGACUACUCAUAUGAUAAUAGCGUUCCUUCAAUUGCCUGCGGCUUCUUCUGUGCAGGGGCUGUGGCUACCUGUGAUGACUACAUCUUUUCCAUCUUUUUUGCCUCUUCCUACAGCAUCGAUGGUGCAGUUGUGGGAUACUGGGAGUCGCCCGAGGUGGUCUGGUCCGCUAACCGUGAUCGCCCGGUCAAAGAGAAUGCUAGUGUCCAACUUACUGAACAUGGGGAUUUGGUUCUCUUUGAUGCUGAUGGAACAAUGGUUUGGUCUACCCAUACUACAGACAAGUCUGUUGCUGGCAUGAAUCUUACCAGCAUAGGCAAUUUGGUGCUAUUAAACCAUGCAAAUAUGGAGCUAUGGAGGUCUUUUGAUCACCCAACUGACACACUUAUCACUGGCCAGAUUCUACAAGAGGGGCAGAAGCUCAUGGCAAGCACCUCGUUGUCAAACUGGGCCAAUGGAAAAUUUUAUGUCACCGUCCAACCUGAUGGCAUGUAUGCAUUUGCAGGAACUGAUACUCCUCUAGCAUACUAUCGGAGCCCCACUGGUGGAACUGUCACGACAAAUAGGUCAGCAUACAUUGCCCUCAAGAAUGGCAGCCUGGAGGUGUUCACUUAUUUCCGGGAUACAGAGUCACCGGAUUACCAGAUCCAGCUGCCUAGCCAUAACAAUGGGUUGGUGUUUGUGAGGCUAGACUUUGAUGGGCACCUGAGGUUAUAUCAGAUUCUAAACGAUAGUUGGGUGAGUUCAGAUGUUUUUGAUAUAACUGAUCCUUGUGCUUAUCCUCUAGCUUGUGGCGAAUAUGGUAUUUGUUCAAAUGGACAGUGCAACUGUCCUGAUGCUGCCAUCGGCCAGUCCGGAUUGUUUGAAGUAAUUGAUCCAAGGGAGCUUAGUCGUGGCUGCUUGCCAGUAGGUUCACUAUCCUGUGAUUCAACACAGAAGCCUAGGAUGCUUUCCCUUCCCAACAUCACUCACUUCAACGGUGUCUACAAUUGGACGACAAGCGAAGAGCGGUGCAAACUAUCUUGCUUGAAUGAUUGUUCAUGCAAGGCUUCCUUUUUCAACCAUUAUAACAUCUCAACUGGCUUCUGUUUUCUGGUUUCUGACAUCUUCUCCAUGAUAAGUGUAAAAGAUGGAAGUUACUGGGGAAAUUUUAGUUCUCUAGCAUUUGUUAAAGUUAGCGGAGCUACCCGUAACUUUGUACUAUCUAAAGGAGAAACAGCCAUUCUGUCAGCCGUUGGUUCUUCAAUUUUUGUUGCUUUAGUUAUUGUUGCAGUGCUUAUAGUUCUGCGAAGAAAGAGAGCAGAACCAUCAGAAGAUGAAGACAUUUUUGAUCAGUUACCAGGGCUACCCGCAAGAUUUUCUUUUGUGGAGUUGAAAUCAGCAACUGAAGAUUUCUCAAAAGUGAUCGGGAAAGGAGGAUCUGGUUCUGUUUUUGAAGGACAGAUUUGUGAUAAGCAUGUUGCUGUGAAAAGGUUAGAUAGCAUUAAUCAAGGGAAAAAGGAAUUCUUGGCAGAGGUUCAAACCAUUGGAAGCAUCAACCAUAUACAUUUGGUGAGGCUAAUAGGAUUUUGUGCUGAAAAAUCACAUAGGCUUCUUGUCUAUGAAUACAUGCCUAAUGGAUCUUUGAAUAAGUGGAUCUUCCGAAAGCACCAAGCAACCCCACUUGAUUGGAAAACCAGAUUGAGGGUCAUCACUGGUGUAGCAAAGGGCCUAGCUUAUCUACACAGUGACUGCCGGCAAACAAUAGCACAUCUGGACAUCAAACCACAGAAUAUCCUGUUGGAUGAGCAGUUUGGUGCUAAGGUAUCUGAUUUUGGACUUGCGAAGCUAAUUGACCAUGAUCACAGCAGUGUUGUGACUCGACUGAGAGGCACACCGGGUUACUUAGCUCCUGAGUGGUUGACGUCUGUUAUCAAUGAAAAGGUUGACGUGUACAGCUUUGGCAUGGUCAUCAUGGAAAUCCUUUGCGGCAGAAGUAAUUUGGAUUACUCGCAGCCUGAAGAAAGCCUUCAUCUUGUCAGCGUACUGCAGGACAAGGCCAAAACUGACCAGCAGAUGGACCUUAUCGAUCCACGCUCCACUGAUAUGCAAUAUCAUUUGGAGGAGGUGUCGCGCAUGAUGAACUUGGCGAUGUGGUGCUUGCAGGUAGAUAGCCGUCGAAGACCUUCCAUGACCGAAGCUGUGAAAAUCCUGGAUGGCGCAAUGGAUGUUGAAACCGAACUUGACUUGGAUCUUGUAAAUAUAGAAUUGAUGGUGGCAAACAGAGCAGUUCAUGGGAAGAUUGCUGCAACUCUGCAGAUAGACUCUGUUCUUUCGGAGCCAAGGUGAAUGCAAGCUCGAUCGAGGUGUGGAACAAUGAAGUCACAUUAUGCUGGGCGACACCGUUAUUUAGAUCCUACAGUUGUGAUAUAGUAAUAUCAAUAAUUACUUAUUCCCAGAUUACAUGGUUAUCUUUUCUUUUCUUAACACUGGAAGUGCCUGGAGUUUGAGGUGGCGCCUAUGUAUGUCCGGAAUGAGCUUGGUU